UAACUUUGAAAUCGUUAAUCUCCAAUCCGACGACGCAGACCAUCCUCCUCCCAAUCCCUAAUCGAUCCUUCCGAUGCGGCGAGAUCGAGCAAAGGCGGCCAUCGCCGUCGCCGCCGACCUCCCGCCGGACAUGCUGGCCAACAUCCAAGCCCGUCUGAGCCCCCUCGACCGCCUCGCCUUCGCCGCCGCCUUCCCGGCCUCGCGCGGCGCGUUCAGGCCAGAGGCGCCGUGGCUCGUCCUGCCCUGCGGCGACGACCCGGAGACCGCGAUGCUCUUCUCGCUCUCCGAUCGCAUUGCCACCACCCUACGCGCCCCGGAGCCCGCGUUACGCGGCCACGUCGUCCUAGGCUCCUCCUCCUCCGGCGCCUGGCUCGUCACCGCCGACGACCGGGCCCGGAUCCGCCUCGUCAACCCGGUCACCGGAGAGCAGCGUGCGCUCCCGGCCAUCACCACCAUCCCGGGCCUCCUGGAGAAGUGGGGCGGCUUCAGCUUCAUGAUGCUCCAGCCGAAAGACUUCCUCAGGGGUCCCCCGUACCACGUCGGCGGCGACUGCCCGCCGCAGGGUACGUUCACGAUGGGUGCCGAGCUGAUGCGUCGCUUCUUCUAUCGCAAGGUCGUCCUCUCCGACUGCGACUCGCCGUCGCCGGGCCCCGCCGCCGCCAUGCUGAUCACGGGACCGCGAUUCGGCGUCCCGGCCUUCGCCACGGCGGAGGGCGGUGGGUGGAGGCUGGCUCCCUCGCGUGAUGGUGUGGAGGACGCUGUCCACUACAACGGCAAGUUCCACUCCAUCACCUACACCGGCACCGUGCAGGCGUGGGAGCAGGAUGGCAAUGCCGGCGGCGUGUUCAUGAGCGUGGUGAUCGCGCCAAGGCUGCCCGAUGCGGAAGGAGAUUCGUCGGUCUGCCACCGCAAGUACCUUGUGGCGUCGCCGGGCGGCCGGCUGAUGGUGGUGCUCAAGGAGUCCAAGGAGGAGACCACGGAUAAGUACUCCCGCCCUCGGAGGACGUGCUCCUUCAAGGUGCAGGUCCUUGACGGCGAACAGUGGAGGGAAACGGACGAUAUCGGGGAUGCCGCACUGUUCGUGGGGGUGAACAGUUCGCUGUGCAUGUCGACGAGGGAGCACCCGGAGCUCAGGGUCGGCUGCAUCUACUACACAGAGAACGAUCAGGGACCGUGCAAGGACGAUGAAGACAACGGAGCCGGGGUGUUCAGCCUCAAGGAGGGCAGGGCGGAGAAGGUCGAGGGCCUCGGGCGGCACAGGAGCUGGCCGCCUCUGGCAUGGUUCAUCCCUUCAAUCCCAUGAUGAUGGAUAUAAUCAUUGAUACGAGUAAUUGAUAGCCUGGGUUAGUGUUUCAUUUCAGCAAAAAAGGCUUGACAACUAAGAAAACAGUUUAGUUAGUCCACAGGGAUCAGACUAAAUUUUAGUUAUUAGUACUAAUUGAUUAUUGCCUUGUGAGGUUUCUAGAUGAACAGAUUUUACUAAAUAAAUUAGAAGAGUAAUUAUAAUUACUUGUUCCAGACUGCAACCAAGCUAACCAGGUGCACUUGUUUUCCAGAAUAGGGAAUUUGUUGCAGUGUGCAGCAGAGCUUAGCUAAGGCAUGUGCUGCUGAUGUUGCUGCUGUUGCUUGGGGUGACAUGAGAGCCUGAAAGCCUCUGCUUACUUACUGCACUUUUUGUAAGUUCCGGUUUCAGAAGUAAGCUACAACAAUUUUGUUUGCAGCAGGGUUUCAGCCUCUCAAGUCUUUUGUGUUUGUUUCAAGUUUCACAAGUAAGCAAGUAGUAGCUAGUUUAAUGUAGUAGUUUUCCCGGCCUCAGAUCGACACCUCUGAUGUUUUUCUUUUGUCACUGUUGAUGAUCAAGAUUAGUUUCAAACUGCAACCAUCGUUCUCUGUUGUUUUGUUUCACUAGCAGAGAAUUUGGGGGCGAAUCGAGAGCCUGAGCGUACUUAGUGAAGCCUGCUUACUGCAACAUCAUUUUUCAGGAGUGUCUGGGGGUCUUAAGUAGGGUAGACAAAUUGUUUCGCGGGGUGUUCAAUUUGGUUCAACGAGACUAGUCUCUUGUGUUUUGCAGGGUGUUCAAUUUUCAGAAGUAGCCAGGUACUAGUCAAAAAUUUGCAGUAGGAGUGGAGCUUGCACAGGCUCACAGAUUGAUGCCUCUGCUGAUUAUUUUAACCUGAUCAACAAAGUUUAAUGGGUUUCAUUUUUUAGGUAUGAUGGCUGCUGCAUGCAGUUUGAGAUGUAGUGCAUUUGGUUUCAAAAAUUAGGGAAACUGAAAAUGCAAUUCAGACAUUGUUUGUUGGCGCUGA